AUGAUUACUCGCUUCCUGACGUCUGUCUCGACCGCUUUCUCUCCUUUCAACCCCAAGUCUGGCAAGACGGCUCGCAACUUCCUCGCCCUUCUCCCACCCAAUGCCCGCUCCACCAUGAAGAUCGAUAUCAAGCAACUGUCCAAAGCCGAUGCCAACAAGCCUGCUCUCCUGGCUCUCAAAUUCAGUACCGCUCUCUCACACCCCCUUCCUGAUCUGCGAGACGCUUACACGAAACUACAGAGGNAUGGCAAAGAAAUGAACCUUGACCUGGAGACGUUGAAGAUCAAGGAUAUUAUGGCAGAGGUUGACAGACACUCGCGUAUGCUCGGCAGAAAGGAAGAGCUGGCCGGUUGA